AUGACGGGGCGGAGGGAGCGCAACCUCCCUGAGAAGUCGCGUAUGCUUGAUGUCGCGCGCUCGCGCCAGAAAAACCUCGCCACGGAGCGCAUUAGCGCCGGGCCCCGUCGCGCGACGAUGGAGCGCCGUGGCGUUCCUAGCGUGGGACUGCCGCACAUGUACUGGGAGCCCGCUCUCGUCUACGAUGCGAGCCGCACGGGGGUCGCACGGCUGCAGCCCGCGCACGCAGUCACGGCCGCCGAAGGCGUGUUCUGGCACGAUUCCUCGACCGCGUACUUGCACUCCGUCCACCAGAGCGCGGCGGGCGGCUUCCACCAGCCCGACGCGUGCGCUGAGCUGUACGGACACCAAGCGCAGCUGGCCGUGGCUGGAGGUGGCAACCAGGAGCUCAUGGACCUCGAAGAAGGCGGGAUCGACUGGGAUCUUGUCGAGGACGGCUGUGCUGCAACCCAGGCUGCCUGGUGGGCCUACGACCUUGACGAGCACCUUUUCGACCCGUUCCGAACCGACAGCGCGGAGGAGGGGACCUACAGCGGCGCCGACCGCCAGGCGAAGGUCGCGUCGUGGGCGAUGCAGGCCGAAGUCGACCCUGACCACCCUGCGUUCCAAAACCUCCACCCCGACGCCAGCUGCUUCGACGCGGUCGUCGGCGCGAUGAGCCCGGAUGCGCAGGCCGAGUACAUCGCGUGCUCAGGAAACGGCAUCGGACUGGGCACGCCCGGCUGCAACAAGCUGUCUGACAUCACAGACAACCCCCUUGCGCCCGCGACGGGCAACGACGGGCAGGCCGCGGCACUCCGCACAGCGGCCAAGCCGGACGGAGACGGGCCGGUCGGGCCCAGGGUCCUACUGCCCGCGCCCGCGCCCGCGCCGGCCGCGGAGCUCAAGGCGAAGCCCAAGGGCAAGCCCGGGCGCGGGGCUCGCGCGUGCGCGGCCGAGGCGCGCGGCGGCGGCGCGAAGCCGGAGGGCGGCAAGGCUGGGCCCGCGGCGCCCGCGCUCAAGCCAGCGACGCCCGCGUUGAAGCGAGCUCCGACGAAGAAGCGCGCACCUGCGAAGAAGGCCGGGAAGAGGAAGGACGGGCCGGUGAAGAUCGGGCACCGCAACAUGCCUGUGCUUGUCGGUGGUCACGCCGAGACGCUGUCCGCGAACAGCUUCAUGAAGGGGCACUACGCGUUGUUCGGCAUCGAGACGGAAGAGGGCACGCCGUUCAACCCCAAGGAGCUGUACGACCAGAAGUGGAGGAUCGGCCACGAGGAGUUCCUCGGCGCCCGUCUUUGCCAUGGGCUGCGGAAGGCCGACGACGCGGAGCUGAAGCGGCGCGGCCUGGGCUUCUUCGUGCAGCUGCGCAACGGCGAGGUUCGCUGGACGGAGGCUGCCAAGAAGAAGUGGUUCAAGCGCGACGGCCGCAACGCCUGGAAAGGUCCCCACGAUGACGUCCUGAAGUGCAUGGAGGCGCACGGCGAGACGUGGCCGGGCCUGGACCCGAGCGCCAUGACGGAGGAUCUCAAGAUCAAGCUCUGCAUGUACUUCACUCAGCGCAAGGGCGCAACGCGCGACAUGCCACUCUCUGAGGGCGCGGCUCGCAAGGUUCUCAAGCAGCUGCGGGACGACCCGCCGAAGAAGAAGAACCAGACGUGA